AUGUCCCGUUCCGCCCCCCAUGCCACGGCGGCCCAUGCCCCCCACGUCUCCACGAAUUCCUCAGAACAGCCCGCACAAAGCGGCCCCCCAGAUCCCGCAAACUGGGAAUCAAGGCGUGAUCAAGUUUGUGACCGAUGUAGAAAAUUGAAAAAGAAAUGUUAUGGUUUGGGACGUCAAUGUAAUAAUUGCCAAUUGUCCAACAAUCCGUGCACCACAAUGGCCACUUUGAAACGCCGGCGGAAACCGAAAUUGACCCGGUUAAAUCCGGUCGAAGUAGAGAAUAUUAGAUUACGAUUGCAAAUACAAGAGUUACAGGCUAAAUUGGCAAGGCUUACGGCACGUGACGCCCAGCCUGGCGUACAAGAUGAUUUGUCCAAUGGUACCAAUAAUAAUAAUAAUAAUAAUAAUAAUAAUAAUAAUGGUUUGAUAGUGGUUGACGCGUCGUGCGACGCGUCAAAUCACGUGAAACUUGAGGAGUCGCCCAACCCUAUUUCGAAUGCUAGCCCUAGUGCAAACCCUAAUACAAGUCUCAACCCUAGUGCACACAAAAAACCUCCUCAUAUACAUACAUUGGAUGCUCAUCUUAAAUCAGAAAUCUUUAAAUUGUUACACAAUACCAAACAAAAUAUUAUCCUAUGUCUUUCCACUUUUAUUUCUCAAUUGAAUUCCAUUUUCCCCAUUUUAGAUGAUGAAAAAAUCUUCAAAGAUCACGUGUACCCUUUUAUAUCGAUUCUUAAUUCCAUAGAUUCAGAUGACACAAAGAUUGAACAAUUGUUUAAGGAUCCUGCUAGUAUGCCCUAUAUCAUUCAAUUGUAUCUGAUUGUUCUUUUACAAAGAGAUGAGAUUUCUCCAUCAUCGGCUCAGGAUGAAGAUACUUCCACAGACACAAGUGCUAGUAGUUCUAAUGACGCACAAGAAAAUCCCAAUGAUUUAUACCAACAAAUCUCUUUGUAUUUUGUUUGGAAUUUCCAUUCUUUAAAUACUCGUGAAGCUUUGAAAUGUAUCUUGUUGUCACAUGUCUAUGCACAACAGAAUGAUGAUCAACCUUUACUUCUUGUAUUGAAUGGUUUGAUGGGCUCGUUUUUCACUUUCUUGAAACCUAAAACCAUUAAAAUUUCUCAUUCUCAAGAUUACAAUUUAUUUUUAACCUGUUUUGCAUUUGAUUUUUUCGCUAAUGACCCCUUGCAUGAUUUGAACUUGGAUCUCAAUAAGAUAAAUGGGAUGUUUUUAAGAACUCAUCGUGCUCCAGAUGAAUCAGAUACCGAUACGGUAUUGUCCCAUUUAUUCAAUUCUUCACCUUUAUUUCGAAUCAUUCAAAUCAAAUUUAACAUUUUCAAAAAUAAAUUAACUUUACUUAGUGGGUUGAAUGAAUUGUUAAGAAUCAAAUCUCUUUAUAAUUUGACCGAUCAUGAAUCAGAUUAUAAAGAUGUAUAUUAUAAAUUGUAUUAUUUGGAUACGUUAAUCACUUUACAACGAUUAUUAAUUAUCCAUUGGAAUUACACUCCAUCCAAAGAAUCAAUGUCCACACCCGAUCCUCAAUUAUUAUCAUUUUUCAAAUCGUUUGAUAAUUUUAUUAAACAAUUUGUAAAUGUUUGGUACGAUUCCAUGUUUUAUCAUAUCUUCCCCUAUUUCAACCUGGCUAAAUUAUAUCAAUCUGCUUUAUUCAUCUAUUGGUACCAUUGUUGUUAUUUAUUAGAAACCACUUCCUCACAGAUCAAAACUACUUUUGAUGUAUUACACAAGAUUUUAAUCAUUUUAAAAUCAAAGACAAAUAAAAAUUCAGAUACAAAUUUACCACUUUUCAUAGAAGUCAUUGAUUAUUUGUUGACAAAUAAUUUAAUGGAUUCGAAUUUACCACCUGCCACAAAUAAAUUCAAUCAUAUUUCAUCUUUCGUCUCAUUCAUCAUAACAAUAUCAAGUCACGAAUUUAUUUCUCAAAUCCGUCUUGCAUCUUCACUUGAUAUUAAUCAUCUUUUAUAUUCGCCUGAUACUCCAAUUGCUUCACCUUCUCCGUCAUCCUCUUCAAAAUCAAAAUUACCACCUCCUCCACCGGUAUCCAAUACAAUUCAAAGAGAUCGAUUAUUAUUACAUAAUGCAAACUUGUUAGCAUCGUUGAGUAAUACCUCUUUAUUACCAAACAAUCAUCCUCAGAAUAACGCCAUGUCUAAUGAAGAGAUUACAUUCUCUAACAUUUUAAAUAAUAAUACGUAUUAUAAUAAUGCCAAUUAUUAUAAUUCGUUUGUUAAUUCGUUUGUCAAUCCUUUUACAAAUUCUCCACAACAAUCAGAUUUUGCAAAUCAAGAUUUUUAUAAUUAUUUGGAUCAAUCAAUGACAGGUGGUCAAAUGCCUCCCUGGUUCCCAAUUUUAGAUCAAAACAUGGAAGAUCCGAAUAAUAAUAAUAAUAAUAACAACAACACCAACACCAAUUUAUGA